AUAUGAUGUUAGCUCUGAUGAUGCCUCAGCCCGGCGAAAGUGCGAGUAUUCUCCCGGUGCAGGAGCGAAAGCCGUUGCGGUCGUGGUGGCGGUGGUAAGUUUGGGUGAGAGACGGGCUUAAAAGCAACGUUCUGAGGUCGCGGCGGUACAGAAUAUCGUCGCUCGUCCCGCCGUGGAAGAUGAGGUUCUGUUUCCUGCUGGCACUCCUGCUCCUCGUCAGAGAAUCGCGCGGCGGGGCCACCGGCUUCGACUACAAUACACCCGAGGAUGAACUCCACUCCGAAUACGACUUUAUCAUCGUGGGAGGAGGUCCGGCGGGGAGCAGAAUGUUUGAGAAGCUAACGAACGUCUCCCACUGCGGACGCGCCUAUCGAGUGCUCUUGAUCGAAGCCGGUGGGAAUCCCCCACUGUGGACUGAUGUACCGCUUUUCUACAUGCACACCGGUUCACCGGGCUUCGACGAUGUCAUGUGGUGGUUCCCGCACAAAAGCAACGGACUCCACAAUCUGGGAUCGAAGAGUCCAACUGUUUUCGGAGGGAAAGUUCUCGGAGGGGGGUCCACGUUCAACGGAGCGGCUGUCCAGAGGGGUUGCGCCGCGGACUACGACCGAAUCGAGCCUGAAACCGGCUGCAAGGGAUGGGAUGCCGAAGAGGUCUGGCGACUCUUCAUGCACGACGAAAACAACCAGGACCCGGGCGUACGGAACAACGGCCAUCACGGCAAAAAAGGAACGCUGUGCGUAAACUCUCUCCUCCUCGGUAACGGAGAGACCGCGGGCUAUGAGGCUUGGAGAAAAGCUCUCGAGCUCCAGGGCAUGCAGUAUUCUGACGUUCAUGACGGGACUUGUCACGGGAAAGGAUAUCACUUCCAAGCGGCCUACUGUCACGGCUCCCGCUAUUCGGCCGUGACUGCGUUCAUUACACCGUUCUUCCAAGCCCGUCGGAACCAAAUGCACAUCAAGCUCAACACGAUAGUCACCAAGGUUCUCUUGGAACAGCCCCCCAAUUCGCCGAUACCGCGGGUCGUGGGUGUGGAGACGGCUGAUGCCGCGACCGGUCGCCCUGGGAGAAGAUUCUUCGUCAGCAAAGAAGUCAUCCUCACAGCCGGAGCUCUGAAAACCCCCCAGCUCAUGAUGGUGUCCGGAAUCGGUCCUGCGAAUCACCUUAGAACCAGAGGCAUCCGACCUAUCGUGAAUUUACCGGGGGUCGGACAAAACCUCCAUAAUCAUCCCGGUGUUCAAUCGUUUUAUUUGAAAGGGGUUCCGAUGUCUUGGCUCCCGAACAGGACUUGCUCUGAGAUCGACAGAUAUUACAAAGGGGAGAAGAGCUCGCUCCUGUCGUCUUCCGUCAACAUGGCCGGAGUGGCUUACCGUCAGCUGGACAGGAUCGAUAUGCCUAGGCCGCUCGACGACGAUAUCCUGAGAUACAACUUCGCCGACGUCGAAUAUACGCUUUCCGGAGCGAAAGGUUUCGGAGGUCCUUGGCUCGGAGUGGAUCAGGAUCUAAAAGACGAAUACAUGAACGGAUUGAACGGCCAGUCCAUUCUGACCGUGAACGUCUAUCAAAUGCACCAGAAAUCCAGAGGGUACGUGCUCUUGAAUUCGACGUCGAUGCGCGAUCCGCCCUACGUGUUCUUCAACUACUUCAGCGACAAAUCCGAUCUCGACACGAUCGCGAUGGGAGCUCUGAAAUUCAUCGAGAUGCUCAAAUCACCUCCUUUCGCGUCUCUUGGCAUCGAGCUUUACGACGUCCCAUUCCCGAAGUGCAAAAAAUACGCUCUUCAUUCGCUGGAAUACCUUCGCUGCUUGGUGCAGUACACGACGCACGCGAAUUUCCAUUACGCCGGAACGGCGAAAAUGGGCUGCAAUCGCCAGAAAGACCCAGAUGCGGUGGUCGACGGUAGAUGCAGAGUUUAUGAUGUCACCGGACUCCGGGUCGCCGAUACGAGCAUCGCACACAAACUGCCACAGGGUCACUCGAUGGCUUACGCUUACCUCACGGGAUCUCGUUGCGGCGACUUCAUCGUCGAAGACUACAACGAGCUCAACGAAGUCCAACGGCAGGAACAACUCCAACAGCUACAGCAGCAACAUGUAGAGGAGGUUCAUCGGCACGAUGCGCCGCAGGACCAGCAGCAGCUGAACGAACAGCAGCAGUUGCAGCUACAGCUACAGCAACGGAAGCAACAGGAACAGCUUCGGAAGCAACAGGAGCAACAGCGGCAAACACCGCUUCGGAACUACCAAGUGUUGACAAAAUCAACCAAUUGAUUCUAAAUUUUUAGCGCAGGAUUGAGAAUAUAGUGUGAUAUCAUGACCCAGCAAUCAACGCUAGCUCCGGGAAGAGGAGGCCCGUUCGAAAAUGGAGGCGAGUCCCGAUCUCUCCGGCACCGGGAACAGCGGACCCGCUUUACAGUUUUUAGGUUGUGCCCCCGGUACUCGGCAUGAGCGACUUGCGCGAGACGAGAAUCAGUGAGAGUCUGUUAUUCUCUCGGUGGGAAAUUGUACCCGGUUUCAAUCAGCGUUGUUUAUCCCUCGCUCGCAAGAUCAUCGAGGGAAUGAUAUCCCCUAGUUCUUUUCUUCGAAAGCGGAAUGCUCGCAUGUCGCAUUUCUGCAAACCUAUGGCAACUAUGAAUCAGAGAGGCUUAUUGGAUGUGUUGGAUAAGCACAAAUAAUCAUAC